AGCGCGAGGGCAAUUACGUCAUUACAUAUUCUUAACCGCUCAAUUCACGCCAGCGUCACAAUCUUCUCCUUCUAAGUCCGAACCGCACCUGUAUUCGAUCUUCUCGAACCUCGCCGCUGAACGCUUCGCUGGGGACGAUCUUCGGUGGCAAUCGAAAUGACGACAUCACCCUUCCGCCUCCCUCUCUUCCUCCUCCUCCUCGGCCUCCUCGCCGCCUCCUCCACCGCUGAGAUAAAAUCCCUCAAGAUCUCCUCCGACAACCGCCCCAUGAUUCUCUUCGAGAAAUUUGGAUUCACUCACACCGGCCAGGUCUCCAUUUCAGUCAAAUCGGUCUCUGUUGCUACGUCGGUUGGAGAAACCGAGCCUUCUCGGCUUGGAUUCUUCCUGUUAUCUGAAGAAGCGCUUCUUCAAGUUCUCCUCGAGAUCCAGCAAAACCCUCAGUUUUGCGUUCUUGAUUCACACUAUAUCUUGCGCCUCUUUACCUUCCGGGAUCUAUCUCCUCCGCCUCAGAGCUCGUUCAACCAUUCAUAUCCUGUUUCUUCUCCCAAUGAAUAUAGCCUUUUCUUCGCUAAUUGCGUUCCGGAAUCAUCGGUUUCUAUGGAGGUGAGGACGGAGGUGUACAACUUGGACCGCGAUGGUUCGAAGGACUAUCUCUCCGCUGGCCUUACUCAGCUCCCUUCGCUGUAUUUUGUGUUUUUCAUCGCGUACCUUGCCUUCUUAGGGCUUUGGAUCUACGCGUGUGUCACGAAUAAGCGCAGUGUUCACAGGAUCCACUUGUUGAUGAGUGGAUUGCUGUUGAUGAAAGCGUUGAAUCUCAUAUGCGCAGCUGAGGACAAGCAUUAUGUCAAAAUCACCGGAACGCCUCACGGUUGGGAUGUGUUGUUCUACAUUUUUCAAUUUAUUCGGGUUGUUUUGCUUUUCACUGUGAUUGUUUUGAUCGGAACUGGAUGGUCGUUUUUGAAGCCGUUCUUGCAAGAGAAGGAGAAGAAGGUCUUGAUGAUUGUGAUCCCACUUCAAGUCUUGGCUAAUGUCGCCUCGGUUGUGAUCGGUGAGACUGGUCCUUUUAUUAAGGAUUGGGUCACUUGGAAUCAGGUUUUCUUGUUGGUAGAUAUCAUAUGUUGCUGUGCCAUAAUUUUCCCAAUUGUUUGGUCGAUUCGAUCUCUUCGAGAGACAUCGAAGACUGACGGGAAGGCUGCAAGGAAUUUGGCAAAGCUCACCCUUUUUAGGCAGUUCUACAUUGUUGUGAUUGGAUAUUUGUAUUUUACAAGGAUCGUUGUUUUUGCUCUCAAGACCAUUGCAGCAUACAAAUAUCAGUGGGUUAGUAAUGCAGCUGAGGAGAUUGCAAGCCUUGUAUUUUAUAUGGUGAUGUUCUACAUGUUUAGGCCUGUGGAGAGAAAUGAGUAUUUCGUUCUUGACGAGGAAGAAGAAGAGGCUGCGGAGUUGGCUCUCAGGGACGAAGAAUUCGAGCUUUGAAAUGGCAUCAAAGAGUAAUUUCUAGUUCUUAUUGCCAUCUUUUGCUUCUGCCAUACAAAUGCAAGUGAUAUAGCUGAUUUACAAAUAGAUAUUGUUGAAGUCGGGUCUGCCUCUCAUUUUUCUGAUGUUCUUGUUUUUUGUUUUACCCUUUCAACCCGUGUAGUAGAAACUUGAAAUUGUUCUCUGCUUUUUGUUGUCCAUGUUUAUUUUUCAUGUCAUACUAUUAGUGACUACCACAUAUAGAGCUCGCUCAGACAUGAAAUGUCAAAAGCCUCUUUAUGCUGUUUCUCUAUCA